AUGACCCCCAAAAAGCAACAUGAGCGCCCCUACUCCGACUCCGAGUUGGACCGACCGGCCCCGCAAGCGCAGCCUUGCCGCAGAUCCGCCUCCUCGCCGCCCCUCGCGCUGACCCUGGACUCGGAACUAGAGGACGAUGUGUUCGUCAGCCCGCGCACGGACAGCGCGAGCGACCCCUUCUCCACGACCAACCUGGAGAUAUUCCGGCACGGGAGCGCCAGGACCCCGGCCGGGAUGCUGCUCAGCCCGAGGCGCGAGCGCUCGUUCAACUUCAGCGUGACCCGGGAGAAGCACUGGCGGGAUAAGGGCGGGACGGACGUGGCCGACGGUGGUGCAGACGUGACGGACUCCGCAUCGUCUAAUGACACCUACCAGCCGGACAAAUCGCCAUCGGAGUCGUCGAUCUUCUCAUCGAUAAUACCAGACAAGUUAUCGGGGUCUAUAUGCACAGCGGUCAUAUUCAUGCUCGGAUGGAAGCUUUUGGCCAACAAGCGG